AUGUCUCUGGGCUUCUUUGCCAUCGCCGCAGUUCUAAUCUUUUGUUGUGAAAGCACAACACCGAGUUACUUUGAGCUGAAACCAGAGUUAGGAAUGUACCAGGACGCAACCGUGGUUUUUCCCCUCACCGAGACCUGGCACGUUGUGUACAGAAAUUACGAAGACGACCCGGCAUUUGGUACUUCCAAGUGCCUGAGGUUCGCUCAGGUGCAACCCGAAAAAGAUGGUGCAUAUCCGGUCGUAGCUAUGUACGGAACAGACAACAAGUCGGCUAGCGCGGUGAUAACCCUCGACGCCAAUGAGGGAUAUACCGUCAAGAAUCAGAUAGUGUUUCAUCCCGAUGGACAAGAUCAGCCCUUGCCCUUAUAUGUCUCUUACCUGGAUCCUGGAAACUGUGGUGUCAACAGGAACGUUUACGUCAAUGAAAACGCAUGCUGCGUUGUCGUUCCCGAAAGCAAACUUGGAGAGGAUACCACCUGCUGCGAUUUCGUCUACGCCCUGCUGUGCGGUGAUACGAAAUAUCAGAUCCACGACGACAGCUGUACGAAUCAAGGCUGA